UGAUAAAAUUAUAGUUAGAAGAAAAAUUAAAAAAUGUUAUAAUGAAAAUUCACGUAUAUUUAAUUUUAUUUUUCAUACGAAUCCGAAUCACUAAAUCUAUUCUUAAUGGUGUUGCUGUUGCAGAAAAAGAAUAUCCUUUCUUCGUAUGCAUAGAGCUCGACUCAGCUGUUGUAUGCGGAGGGACGAUCAUUACCCCCAGUGUGGUCGUCACAGGAGCACAUUGCGUCAUACAGAUGGAUAAGGAGAAGACAUUUAUUCCCGUAGAAAUAAAUCGUCUGAUGGUACUGGCCGGGACUGUGACACUUGAUCAAUCAGACCAGGGCUACCAAGAAAGCCAAGUGGACAAUCUGAUCAUUCACGAAAAAUUCAAUCCGUUACAUGGAAUGUUAAAUAACAUCGCCAUCUUGGACUUAACAUACGAUUUACUACUAGACGAUUGGGUGAACGUAGCCCGUGAGCCAACUGAACUUAAAAACGACUGGAAACAAUUAGUGAAAAACGGCACUGAGUGCACGGUUAUGGGAUUCGGGUAUAUAUCAGUGAAUAAGGAUUUGCCAACGACUCUGAUGAAGUCCCUUAUUUCCAUCUCUUGUCCCAAAGAUUUUAUCAUCAGCGGAUACACGUGUGCUGUGAUGACUUCGCCGAAAAGCGGACUGUGCCUCGGCGACCUCGGAAGUCCGGUCGUGUGCUUGGGUUAUGUCUACGGUUUUAUCUCGCAUUCUUACUUGUGCCAACAAGAAGUUUUGCCUGUAUACAUUCUCCUUUUUGAAAAUUAUUUGGAUUUUCUUCCAAUUUCGACUGAUACUGCCUCAAAGAUUUCCGGAGCUGUGGUAUUCACCUUUUUUCUUAUCCAACUUUCAGAAAAAACAUCUUCUCUUUUCUACAGUAUAUUCUGAUUUUCUUGGUUU